AUGACACAACAACAACUGAUCACGCUGGCGGAGUGGGCAAACUUCUACUCUACAGUGGCGGAUUAUCGAAACAAAGUCUGUAUCACAGAAGAACUGCCUUCGUCAUGGAUGGAAGGACAGCGUCAGCAAGAGGUUUUAUUCGAAUAA